CACCUUUACAGGUGUGAACGUUGGUGAAGUUACCAUUAGCCCAUUGUCUGCUCGCAUCCAAACGCAUCCAGAAUAAUGUCGUACUUUGCGAGAUCUAGCACUGCUCCGAGGAACUUCUCCAGCUCAAGCGCCUCCGGCAGCCUUGGGCAGCGAGCGGUCCGUUCUAGCGCGGCCAGUGUGUUCGGGGGAGCUGGGGGCAUUGGCUCCCGCAUCUCCGUCUCAAAUGUUCGGAAUAUCUCCAAUAUGCUGCGCCCUCACGUGCAGCUGGAUAACGGGAAACUAGUUAUCUCUCCAGCAGAUGAGAAAGAAACCAUGCGAGGUCUUAACGACCGCCUUUCCGGAUACCUGUCCAAGGUGCGAACGCUGGAGGAGUCCAACCGAAAAUUGGAGGAUCAAAUUAAAGAGGUCUUGAGUAAAAGAGGCACGGGCGUCGAAAGAGACUGGAGUGCAUAUGAGCAGCCACUUGCCACCCUGAAGGAACAGCUCCAAGAUAUGACAAUGGAAAAUGCCCGACUCAUGCUGCAGAUUGAUAAUGCAAGAUUGGCUGCAGAUGACUUCAAAGUAAAAUUUGAGACUGAGCAGGGCAUGUGGCAGGGUGUGGAGCAGGACAUUGCAGGCCUGCGCAAACUCAUUGAUGACACCCAUAUGGGCCGCAUGCAGCUGGAGAGUCAGAUCGAGUCACUGAGAGAAGAGCUGGUGUACCUCAAGAAGAACCAUGAGGAGGAUGUUGACCAGCUGAGAGGCCAGAUCAGCAACUGCGGCGUCUCUGUUGAAAUGGACAACCGCAAGGGCGAUGAUCUCAAUGAGACCAUCAACAAGAUCCGUAAGGAUUAUGAGAAAACUGCUCAGAAGAACUGUGAGGACACAGAGACCUGGUAUCAGUCUAAGUUUGACAACAUUACAGCUGAGGUGACACAGAACACUGAAGCACUUCAAACGGGCAAAAGUGAGCUGAAUGAUCUGCGGAGACAGAAGCAGUCCUUGGAGAUCGACAUUCAGGCUUUGCACAAUAUGAACCGCUCCCUUGAGGACACGCUGGAUGACACGCAGAAUCGGUCAGCCCAGGAGAUGACCCAAUACAACAAGAUCAUCAUGCAGCUGGAGGAUGAGCUGGGCCAGGUGCGGGCCCAGGUGGAGAGGCACAGGUUGGACUACCAGACUCUGCUCAACAUCAAGAUGAAGCUGGAGGCUGAGAUCGCCACCUACCAUGGCUUACUGGAGGGCCAAGGUCCAGACGACAGUAAUGCAGGCUACAGUAAUGCAGGCCACAGCAAUCCUGACGACAGAGUGGAUUUUUCUUUAGAACAGGCAUUGCAGGCUGCUCCACCCCCAGCCAGUCUUAAGAAGGUUCUCAUCAUAAGCCAGGAGAUGGUGGAUGGGGAGGUUGUCUCUGAGAACGAGCGUGAGACUUUCCUCACACAAGCUGAUGAAACCUACGAGGUAGAGGAGGAAGAACAAGAGUGGGCGGCACCACAGAGUGUCACUCCAGCUGAGGAAGAGGAGGAGGAGGAGAGGAAAGAGGCUGAGGAGGAGGAGAGGAAAGAGGCUGAGGAGGAGGAGAGGAAAGAAGAAGAGGAGGAGGAGAGGGGAGAGGAGAGUGAGACAGCGGAGCAACAGUCAGAGCAGGGGGGUGAAGCAGAAGAGGGACAGCUCUCCGACAGCCCACCAGCAGAGGACGAGGCCGCCCCAGAUGAGGAAGAAUAGAGGGAAUGUCACCAGCCAGCUCCACCCAACUCAACAUUCUUCUCCUUCCCCCACCACCACACCCUCUGCAUUCCCCAAGUGCCUGAUCCCCCUCAGGAAUCUGAUGUCUCUGGAGAUUGACCGACAUGAUAACUUCAAUAAAUAAAGCACCUCAAAUCUCAA